CCUAUUAUUAUUUAGUAAUCUGUGAUUAGAAAAUACGUAAAGUACAAACUAUAAAGAAGUUCAAAGAAGAAGGAAUAGAAAAUAAUAGCAAUAGUCAAUAUGUUUCGUACAGGACUUCAAAGACUGUAAUUCCUAUUAGAUUUUUAAAAAAUCCAUUACCUUCUAAGAAUGGCUCAUAUAACAGUAUGUUCAGCUGCAAAAUUGACGCGACUAGCACCAGGGCCUCUUAAAUUAAUGACAGUGCCUUUGCGGCGAAGUAUAACUGCUAGCGUUUUACAUAACGGCAAACAUGAGAGAUGUAACAAACAUAAGAAAUAUGCAUAUGCUGCUACUUCCAUUGGCUUAGCCUUACUGGCUGGAUCGCACAUAUAUAAUGAAAAAAAGUUUUUUAAAGCGGCUCAAGUUGGAAAUAUUCCUGAACUUCAAAAGCAAGUUGCGGCCGCACAAGGCAGCGGAUAUAAUGCCGGAGCAGGUAACGAAGGUCCAGCGGAUCGGCGGCACUCACUGGGUUGGACGGCGCUCAUGGUGGCCGCCGCCAACGACCACUCGACCGCCGUCAAAGAGCUGCUGAAACUGGGCGCCAAACCCGACUCACGCGAACAAUACGCCGGGGCAUCGGCCACCGCCGCUUCGACGGGCCUGCACCCUCUGGAGGUCUUACAGAGGAGAGAAGACGAAUUCUGCGGGUCGAUGAAUGCGAGGGCCUCCUUUUUGGGGUGGACGGCCCUGCACUACGCCGCGCUGUCGGACUCUACUGCGUCCGCUGAGGCUCUGUUAGAAGCCGGAGCCGACCCCACGGCGCGCGACCACGCCGGCCGUCGCGCCCUGCACUACGCGCGAGACCCUUCGCCGACGCGCGACGUGAUCGUCGAGCACGCGCGCCGCUGGGAGGAGGCCGCCGCCGCCGCCGCGGCCGAAGAGCGGCGCCGGUUUCCGCUGGAGCAGCGUCUCAAGCAGUUCAUCGUGGGUCAGCAGGCGGCCAUCGAGACGGUCGCCGCCGCCGUCCGGCGGAAGGAGAACGGCUGGGCGGACGAGGACCACCCUCUCGUGUUCCUUUUCCUCGGCAGCUCCGGCAUCGGAAAGACCGAGCUGGCCAAGCAGCUGGCGCGUUAUAUGCACAGGGACGACCCCGCGGCGUUCAUUCGGCUGGACAUGUCGGAGUACCAAGAGAAGCACGAGGUGGCCAAGCUAAUCGGCGCGCCGCCCGGCUACGUGGGCCACGAGGAGGGCGGGCAGCUGACGAGGGCGCUCGCUCGGCGCGCCGACGCCGUCGUGCUCUUCGACGAGGUCGACAAGGCCCACCCCGACGUGCUCACGGUGCUGCUGCAGCUCUUCGACGAGGGUCGCCUCACGGACGGCAAGGGCAAGCUGAUCGAGUGCAAAAAUGCCAUCUUCGUGAUGACGUCGAACCUGGCCGCGGACGAGAUCGCCCAGUACGGCCUGCAGCUGCGGCGCGAGCAGGAGGCGCUCCGCGCGCAGAGGACGAGGGCCCGCGCCGCGCAGGGCGAGCCCACCACCCCCGUGCGGGCCGACGAGGGCCCCGAGCGCUCCCCGGAGGUGUCGCGGCAGUUCAAGGACGAGGUGGUGCGUCCCAUCCUGAAGAGGCACUUCGGCCGCGACGAGUUUCUCGGCCGCAUCAACGAGAUCGUGUACUUCCUGCCUUUCUCGCGCCAGGAGCUGCUCACGCUGGUGCAGCGCGAGCUGGCGCGGUGGGCCGACAAGGCGCGAGUGCGCCACGGGCUCGAGCUGCGAUGGGAGGGCGGCGCGCUGGGCGCUCUGGCCGACGGCUACGACGUGCACUACGGCGCGCGCUCCAUCACGCACGAGGUGGAGCGCCGAGUCGUCAACAUGAUCGCACUGGCGGCGGAACGCGGCGCUCUCGCGCAGGGCUCCGCCGUGCUGCUGCUCGAGGCCGACGGCCGCCUGGCGCUGGCCGUGCGUCCGCCGGCCGCCAGCGACUACCGCCGCCUCGACCUGGACGCCCUCUGAACGCUAAAGGGGACUCGGGGAACGGGGCGCGGGAGCGGAACGAAAGGCCGAUUCGCGGUGCUCGCUUUAUUACAAAUACAAUGUAUAAGGAACUAUAAACAACGUCUUACAAAAUAUAACUCGACUCCAGCGACGAAUCCGCAGCUGCGAGGUUCGCAAGAGGUGCUAAACGCUAAACGCUAAGUGCCUAAAUACUCUACUCGACUGAACGUCUCGCACCCGAGUCGUUCCCGUUGCAUUCGUACGUUCGGUCGCUUCGACGGCGGCGAUUGCUCGGAAGGCACGAGGCUGAAUGCGACCGGCUCCUUAGAAAAGUUGUCAGCGAAACGCGAACUCGAACAUGCGCACGUUAAACUCCAAAUUUCAAUUCUUACUUUUAUAAUUAAAAUAUUUCGGAAAUCACUCUGGAACACAUACUUUUCUCGUAAUUCGAGAACGCUUAACCUUAUUGUCUAAAAUGUGACAUUUCUACUCUCGGCACUUUAAAAUAAACCGAAUCCGAUCUUUGAUUUCACAUCUCUGAAUUGUAUCCCGAAGUCGACGUCGCGACGCGCAGAUACAACUGUAGGUGCUCGUGCGCGGCGGCGAUCAGAGCCAUCCGGCGGAGUGAUGCGGCGCGUGGCCGUGCAGCGGCGUGACGCCGGCGAGGCGAGCCAACGCCGCGCAGCGUCCGCACGCUUCCGUCCCCACUUCCGCUUCGCUCGCUCCGUUCGCCCUAGCCGACUCGCCGCCGCCGCUCUCGUACCCGCACUGCCCGCACUUCUCCUGCAAGAGUCGACUUUCGGUCACGAGGAACGAUCGCGUGGCGCCGCCGCCGGCGGAUCUUCGUCGUCACCUUGAGAGCGUCGUCCUCGAGGCUGGCGAGCAGCGGCUCCCGGCUGCCUCCCUUCGUCGCGGCCUCGUCGGGCGCGGCCGGUCGCGGGGCGCGAGGAACGGGAGGCGCGGCGCGAGGGGCGGGGGGCGCUCGCGCCGGGACCGAGCUGGCGCGCUGGAGCGCCUCCGCCCCGCCGUCGGCCUGGCGCCGCGAGUCGCCGAACUUUUUGCGUUUGCACUUCAGCGCCGCCAGAGCGCUCAACGGAUGCGACGGCCUGCCGCGGGGCGCCCGUUCGGGACUUCGCUGCGAGUCGCUGCCCGAGUCGGACCUCUCGCUGCCGCUGGAAUUGGUCGUCGGACGAUGUAAGAAAAAUACGUAUACCGCGUAGGUUGUCAAUAGUGAACUACACAAAUAUUCGAAAUUGCUAAUGUGAUCGCUCGGCAAGUUCAGAGUGCAACAAAUUAUAAAGCCCUAAGGCACAGCUCGGUGCCGGUGCUGGGCCAAAAGAUCUACUGGUUCUAAUCCAGGGAUUUAUUGUUAAUUAAUGCAAAAUCGAUGAAAUAAAAUUAUAUAAUAAU